AUGUCUGAAAUUACUUUGGGUAAAUAUUUGUUCGAAAGAUUAAAGCAAGUCAACGUCAACACCGUUUUCGGUUUGCCAGGUGACUUCAACUUGUCCUUGUUGGACAAGAUCUACGAAGUUGAAGGUAUGAGAUGGGCUGGUAACGCCAACGAAUUGAACGCUGCUUACGCCGCUGAUGGUUACGCUCGUAUCAAGGGUAUGUCUUGUAUCAUCACCACCUUCGGUGUCGGUGAAUUGUCCGCUUUGAACGGUAUUGCCGGUUCUUACGCUGAACACGUUGGUGUUUUGCACGUUGUUGGUGUCCCAUCCAUCUCUGCUCAAGCUAAGCAAUUGUUGUUGCACCACACCUUGGGUAACGGUGACUUCACUGUUUUCCACAGAAUGUCUGCCAACAUUUCUGAAACCACUGCUAUGAUCACUGACAUUGCUACCGCUCCAGCUGAAAUUGACAGAUGUAUCAGAACCACUUACGUCACUCAAAGACCCGUCUACUUGGGUUUGCCAGCUAACUUGGUUGACUUGAACGUCCCAGCUAAGUUGUUGCAAACUCCAAUUGACAUGUCUUUGAAGCCAAACGAUGCUGAAUCCGAAAAGGAAGUCAUUGACACCAUCUUGGCUUUGGUCAAGGACGCUAAGAACCCAGUUAUCUUAGCUGAUGCUUGUUGUUCCAGACACGACGUCAAGGCUGAAACCAAGAAGUUGAUUGACUUGACUCAAUUCCCAGCCUUCGUCACCCCAAUGGGUAAGGGUUCCAUUGACGAACAACACCCAAGAUAUGGUGGUGUUUACGUCGGUACCUUGUCCAAGCCAGAAGUUAAGGAAGCCGUUGAAUCUGCUGACUUGAUUUUGUCUGUCGGUGCUUUGUUGUCUGAUUUCAACACCGGUUCUUUCUCUUACUCUUACAAGACCAAGAACAUUGUUGAAUUCCACUCUGACCACAUGAAGAUCAGAAACGCCACUUUCCCAGGUGUCCAAAUGAAAUUCGUUUUGCAAAAGUUGUUGACCACUAUUGCUGACGCCGCUAAGGGUUACAAGCCAGUUUCUGUCCCAGCUAAGACUCCAGCUAACGCUGCUGUCCCAGCCUCUACUCCAUUGAAGCAAGAAUGGAUGUGGAACCAAUUGGGUAACUUCUUGCAAGAAGGUGAUGUUGUUAUUGCUGAAACCGGUACCUCCGCUUUCGGUAUCAACCAAACCACUUUCCCAAACAACACCUACGGUAUCUCUCAAGUCUUAUGGGGUUCCAUUGGUUUCACCACUGGUGCUACCUUGGGUGCUGCCUUCGCUGCUGAAGAAAUUGACCCAAAGAAGAGAGUUAUCUUAUUCAUUGGUGACGGUUCUUUGCAAUUGACUGUCCAAGAAAUCUCCACUAUGAUUAGAUGGGGUUUGAAGCCAUACUUAUUCGUCUUGAACAACGAUGGUUACACCAUUGAAAAGUUGAUUCACGGUCCAAAGGCUCAAUACAACGAAAUUCAAGGUUGGGACCACCUAUCCUUGUUGCCAACUUUCGGUGCUAAGGACUACGAAACCCACAGAGUCGCUACUACUGGUGAAUGGGACAAGUUGACCCAAGACAAGUCUUUCAACGACAACUCUAAGAUUAGAAUGAUUGAAAUCAUGUUGCCAGUCUUCGAUGCUCCACAAAACUUGGUUGAACAAGCUAAGUUGACUGCUGCUACCAACGCCAAGCAAUAA